GAUUGAUCACCACGUCUUCCCGCCAAACUUCGAAUUCUCUCCCCAUCUCUCGCUCGCUGGCGGUCGGCGGUAAUGGCGGCCCCGUCCACCUUUCAAGAGAGGCUUCAGCAAAUGGAAGCCACCCGAACCCAAAGGCUCGCCCUUCUUCGGGCCGAGAAGGAGAUCCAGAUCGCCAAGUCCCAUCUGCUGUCCGAGAAGAUCGAGGAGCUGCGGCGGGCGGAGCGGCGAUGCCUUCUCUUGGAGCGGAGGAACGCGGAAAUCGCGCACCGGAUCCUCACCAACAGGACCCAGAUCGAUGCCGUCGACGCCCGGUACCAAGCCGCCGCCCGCGAGUACAGGCAUGCUCUGAUCUUUACCCCUUGUUUAUUGAUUGAUUCUUGUACGAAUUGUACGUUUCGAUGGAGAGGUGGUUUCGGGGAGAGGGACUUGAAGAGCGCGAUUGAGGAGCUGGAAGAGAGGGAGAAGGAGAGGGACGGGUUUUAUGCUGCGAACAGGGCGGAGAUGGAGGAGUUCAAGGAGCGGCAGAGGAGGUUCGUUUCGGAUACUCGCGAAGAGGUGCGGAAGCUGCGGGAUUGGGUCUCGGAACUCAAAUCAUCUCUGAAACGCCUUCAAGGAAAUGAUGGAUAUCUCAAUAAUGCUAAGAUUGCUGCAGCAGAGGCGAGAAAGUCUGAACUUUUAGCUGAAAAAGAGAAGCUGGAUAAGAAUUUAGCUUCAAGUUCCCAUUUGAGAACGUUGUUGCAGAAACAACUACAUAAAAUGUUGAUAUCAAAAGAUAGAGAAAAAAAUUCAACUACAUUACUUAAGGAUAAAGCUGAGAAAUAACAACGAGGGUUGAGAUGUUGCUGAUAUCUGCCAGCUGCAUUAGCCCCACGAGGCCCUAUCUUGGAGAGCCAGAAGAAGCAAAGCAUACUCGCAAGAUUUGUUGAGCUCCUCUCCGUGCCUCCUUUUAGCAGAAGUCAUUUUUGGGCUUCAACCACACAUGGAAAGGGAUGACUUCAAGCGCUGGUCUCCAUCUACCACAGCUCGAUCCAUGCCUGGAAGUCUGUGACCUUUUAAGCCUUCUUGCGGCCUCGGCAACCGUCCUCUCUUCGCCUUGGGCGCAGAUGGCUAGCAGCUGAGCUGCCUCCUCCUUGGUGAGAACCACCUUCACUCUGGUGACACCCUGCUUCUCUUUCUCCUUCGUGUGCUUAGAUGCUGGAAGAUACGUUGAGUCCCUGCUUCCGCUGCAAGUUUGCAUAGGUUGCUUCGUUUUCCGCAACCAGUUUAGAGGGACAUCGAGGAGCAAAUUGAGCCCUCGCUUGGAUUUGUUCGAGGGCUUCUGUGACAUUUUGGCUUCAUGAAACAAGCAAGGCAAAGGCAAGAAGUUCCCCAUGCAGAGAGAGAGAGAGAGAGAUGAUGGUGGAUAAGUUGAGGCCAAGUACAUAUAAUGGGAAGCAAAGUUUGUAAUUCUAUAGGAAAUGAUGUGAAGAAUAUAUGAAGGUUGGAAUGUGUUAUCAGAGAGGCUCUAACAACUCCAAAUCUAUCAUUAACGAGGAGAUCAUCCG